ACAGGCCGCCGUGCUGCUGAUGCGCAUACAGAGAUAAGCGGACUCACCUAGGCAGGCGGUGUGUGCGUGACUUAUCUGCACUCAGGUGCAGGACGUUAUCGUCUUAUCGCAGCAGACGUGGGCAUAAAUAACUGGGCAGCAGCUGGCGAGCGAGUACUUCACGCAACACGACACCGCUCUGUUAGUCGGUUAACAGCUCCUUGACAUCGUUGUUAUUCCUACUGCAGACGCCAGAAGCCGUCAAUCAUGGUGAAUGCUCGGAAAAUCGUCAUCACGAGCCCCUUCAAAGGAGAGCCCAAAAUUACUGAUUUCAAAAUCGAGACCGAAGAGCUCCCAGCGUUGCAGGAUGGCCAAAUACUGUGCGAGGCAGAAUACAUCAGCGUGGACCCAUACCAGCGGGCGUACUCCCAGAGGCAUAAGGUCGGCGCCACCAUGUUAGGAUCACAGGUGUCGCGGAUAGUGGAGAGCCGGUCACCGGACUAUCCAGUAGGACGUCAUGUCGUCGGCUACUGGGGCUGGUGCGACCGCACAGUGGUGAACCCAGCAGCGAAGGAUGGUGAAAUUCUGCCACCGAUGCUGGUGCAGAACUACGGAGACCUGCCGCUGUCUCUUUCGCUGGGAGUGUUGGGCAUGCCUGGAGCUACAGCCUACUUCGGACUGCUGGACAUCUGCGACCCUAAGCCUGGAGAGACGGUGGUCGUCAGUGGCGCGGCAGGCGCUGUAGGGUCCAUCGUCGGGCAGAUAGCUCGCAUCAAGGGCUGCAAGGUCAUCGGCAUGACAGGCUCUGACGUAAAGGUCAAGUGGCUGAAGGAGGAGCUAGGGUUCGACCAUGCCUUCAACUAUAAGACGGUGAACGUGGAGAAGGCGCUGAAGGAGGCUGCCCCAAAUGGCGUCGAUGUCUACUUCGACAACGUGGGAGGCGAACAGAGCAGUGCGGUGAUCGCCAACAUGAAGCACCGCGGCCGCAUCUCCGUGUGCGGCUGCAUCUCGUCCUACAACGAGUCGAAGGUGCCCCUGGCACCCGUCAUACAGAGGUACAUGGUGGGGAAGGAGCUCAAGAUGGAGGGGUUCUUCGUGGGGCGCUGGUUGGACAACUGGGACCAGGCGUUCAACGAGAUGGCGCAGUGGAUCAAAGAGGGCAAACUCAAGUACAAGGAGACCGUCACGGAAGGGUUCCAGAACACGCCGAAAGCUUUCAUUGGCAUGCUCAGGGGCGAGAACUUGGGCAAAGCGGUUGUCAAAGUGUGAGUUGAUUUUCACGCUUGAUAAAUGCUCCUCGCUCCAUUGAAGAUAUGAAGGACUCUGGUGAUUCAACGAACUGAAAUAGUACGUGUUAAAUCAUCAGCAAAAAGAAUAGAAUUUGCCAGACAUGUUUAGUUGUCUUAGCAAUAAAAUGUUAUUUCUGUAAAA